UUGGCCAUUGUGUUUUUGUAUUCAGUAUCUCAAGGCUCCUUCUUCGAUCAUUUUUGCCAUUGAACCAUCUCAACUGCGGCACUGUGUCGAACCGAGACUAUGUUCGCCAAAGAGACACCCGAUCCUGCCAUACAAACACCAGCUAGGACUUAUGAGUUCGGUCCUGAACCUGGGGCCUUUAAAGUAUGGUUCGGAGAGCACGCAAACAAGAGGUUCGAUAAAGUUCCAAGGGAUUAUCGACUCUGGGCUGUGGACCGCUCAACGACGAAUAAGGCACCAAAUUUGACGAGAUUCAAACGCCUUCACGAUGAGUACAAUGCUUGGCUGGCGACUCGGCAGAAUCCUGUGAUGAAGUCUGGCACAACUUCGACUCGCUCUGAGAGCAUGACAGACCAGAAAUCGAUGCUACAGCAAAUAAACACAAGGAAGCCAAGCUUUGUCCCUCAGUCUGUGCUGAAGGAGAAGGAAUCAUUUGGAAAUCAUCAAGUAAACGCUACCACGACUCCAGCUCAUCCUGGGAGCUUGGUAAAUCAGACACCCUUUCUUCCGCCAAUGAACUCGAACGCGAGCUUCAAUCCUCGUUUCCUGGUCAAGGAGAAGAAAUCACUUGAUGAUCAUCGAUUAAGCGUUGCAGCUACAAGGAAGAACGACAUCGAAACAAACCAAAUGCAGGAGAAAACACUCUACCGAAGACAGCGCAAGGAGGAACAGAUGAUCAGAAGAGCCCACGUUUGAGGCAGACUCACCUCCCGUUUGUGAUAACACCUAUGAACAACGGAUCAGUCAACACUCCAAUGCCUAGAUCAGGAACAAGGACACCUUCACACACCAAGAUCCGACGAAGCUCGCCGAAGUCCAUCAC